AUGGCCUCCAUACUGCGCUCGCCGCCGAGUCCCCAGCAAAACUCCUGCGCCUCCGGCUGGGACGACGACGACCCGCGCUACCUCGGCGACAGGCCGGCCAUGUGCUCCCUGGAGCUGGUCGCCUUCAGGGGGCUCCAGCCGGCCACAGAUCCUGCAGGCGCGGCCUCGCCGGCCUUCGACCUCACGCUGUACGUCGACAACGGCCACGUCUGCUCGCUGCGGCACUGCGGCGGCGACGUGGAGGUCUCCUACGCGGGCGUGCCCCUCGCGCGCGGGCGCACGCCGAGGUUCCGGGUGAUGGGCGAGGAGGCCGUCGCGGUGGCGGUGAACGUGACGGGCGCCGGCGCCGUGGGGUUGCCGCAGGACCUGUUCCGCCUCUUCACGGCGGAGCGCAGAUGGGGUGUGGCGAUGCUCCAGGUUGACUUGGUCAUUGCCUCGCAGCCCUUCACCCGCGACGUGCAGCUAGAUGCUGGGCAGCGCUCUGGGUGUAUGCGCAGGCUAGCUUAA